AUGUCUACCGUCCUCAUUUACGGCGCGACUGGCUAUAGCGCGCGCUUGAUCCUCGAACAUACCGAUUUCGCCUCGCUUCCUGGCCCAGUCAUCCUCGCUGGAAGAGACGAGACCAAGCUACAGGUCCUGGCCAAGAAAUGGGGUCUCAGUUAUCAAGCCUUCACACUCGACUCCGCAAGUACGAUUGAGACCCAGCUGCAGAACGUGCACACUCUGCUCAACUGCGCAGGGCCAUUUGCUCAGACUGCCGAGCCUCUCAUGCGCGCGGCAGUGCGGACCAAGACCAACUACCUCGACAUCUCUGCUGAACUCGAAAGCUACCUUCUGGCUGAAGAACUAGAUCAGCAGGCGAAAGCGUCCGGAGUGGUGCUUCUACCCGGCUGCGGCGUGUGCAUGACUGUAAUGGUAGGCCUGACUGCGCAUGUGCUGAAGCGUGUCAACACACCAUCGACUGUGAGCACGGCGAUCUUCAUGCCCGGCAGUAUCACGCCGGGUACAGCUCGCAGCGCAGGCGGGGAUCAGACACUAAGACGUUUGACAAGAUCAAAUGGUGACCUGGUUUCCGGCGACAGUGGAAGUGCGAAAAGCUUCGACUUUCGGUUUGACUCCGGUCCUGUGCACACUAUCAUGUUCGGCAUGCCGGACGUCAUUGCGCUGUGGCACACGUUCAAAGUGCCGAACAUCACUUCAUACAUCUACAUGGAGGCUUCCAGCGCCUCGAGCAGCGGUGCUAGUGGAGGUGAUGCAAACGACGCUGCUGACGGCCCCUCCCGCGAGGAGCGCGAGGUCAAGAGAAUGCGAGCAUCUGUCGAAGUCAUAGCAGCAGACGGCGCUGUCGCUCGCUCUGUCCUCGAGACGGUCAAUGGCUAUACCAUGACUGCCCGAGCCGCAACAGAGGCUGUCCGGAAGAUCAUGAACGCUGCUGCAGUCAAGAACAGCGGUGGCUUUCAUACAUCUGCCACACUUUUUGGAGAGGAUUACAUCCAGACCUUCGACGACCUAAGCAUCACUGAUCUUUGA